AUGCCCUCGUCUUUCUACGCUCAAGGAGCUCGUAUUUGGGCUGUGGAGAAGGAGCGAAGAGAAUCCAAGGCCGUCGUACCCCAGCGGUCGAAUCUUCGCCGACGAGACACGAUCGAGAUCCUCAAGGCCGCCUUCGGAACCGAGGAUUCAGCGUUCUUUGAAGAAGCCACCCGGUGUCACAAGGGCAAGCUGUCAAUGGACUUCUUCGCUUGGGCUCAGGAGCAAUUCGCUUGUGAAGAAAGUUCCUUCGCUAAAGUGCAAGACGGAUAG